UACAAACCUUUGGUUUGUAGAGAACAAUCCAAACUAUGUUGCCCCUAAAGAAAUACUUCCCAGAGGAGCUGAUUCAGAUGACCAUCCUGUUAAGUCUUUGUGGAAUCAGAGUGGACGUGGGGCUGGAGCCUUUCCUGCCUCGUUCCUGGUGUGAUAUGAUUCUGGGUCAGAACUCUGCACCGACCCAAACCCCGUCCCACAACCAGAACACUCUGCAUCCCAAGAAUGUGGAUCUGGAGCGUUUUUUUACGGCACGCCGCCUGUUAGGCUGGGUUCACUCUCUGGACAGGAUACAGGUUCCUCAGGCAGAGCUGGAGACAUGGCUGGUCCAACGGGAAUCAGCUCCUCUGCUUCAGGGAUUUCCUGACCAACCCCCCCUGAUGGACAGAGCCCACGGUGACACAGAGAUAGACCAAAGGGAGCCAGCUAUGGAGCAAGAGAUAAAUGGUGUUGAGAUAAGUGAUGAAGGGGAACAACAAUCCUCUGGCACUGAGUCCACGCCCCCCAGCGCCCUCCCUGAAAAUCAGCCACUGGUUCUGGGUGCGGACCUGGAAACCCAGUGGCGGGAUCUAAUGGACAUCCUGGAGCCUCAGAACAUAGGUGUUGAAAUGAUGACGGCUUUAAACCACACCCCUGAUGGACCUGAUGCUCCGCCCUCUGGCAGGGCUGGACCAGUGGGGCAUCAGAUGGACCCUCUUACAGGGUCUGCAGUCUUGCUGAACGGGAUUCCUGAUCAGUUGGAGCAGAAGCCAGUCCUGCUUCCCCUGACUCCCAGUGAUGAACUGGAUGACAGCAGUUCAGAGCUGAGCGCUUUAGGAAACUACAGCAGGAACUCCUGGUUUGAUCCUUCAACCUACUCACACCUGCUGGCUCAGAAUCCUGUAGAAGACUUUACCAAAGGAACACAUGCUAACGUCGACGCUACAGCCUUCAGCAUGGACCUGUUAGCACCUCUCCCCUCCUUUAGCUCUGAUCUAACUAACGGUUAUAGCCGAGCUUCGGAGGGGAACGAUUUAAACCAACAGCUUGACUACAUAUCAUUCAGUGUCUUGGAUGAGAUAGAAGCAGACAGUCUUUCCGGUCAAAUAAGCAACUUCUUGGAGGAUUUUAACAUCUUGGAAGACAUGAGCCUUUUGGACGAAGCACUGGGGGAAGGAUUUAGUCCGGACAUGGAGGCCAGACUUAAAGCAGAAGGCUACCUGCAGAGUGAAGGAGCCCAUCGGGGCUCUGCCACAGGCUGGAACUGGAUGGAAGAUCAGAGGCAACCUGACGCACACCAAGACUGCAGAGUAGAGACAGACUCGGACUCCGGCCUUUGUCUGGACUCCAUCCACAGCCCUUCUUCUCCUUCUGUUUCUGAAGGCUCAGCAGAUUAUUCCUCUUCCUCAUGUGCGUCUGCUGUGGAGCAGGUACGUUCUGAGGAAGAUCGCAGCGACGCUGAAGGCUUGGCUGGAUCAGAGUUGGAGGUGGAGGUGACCAUCAAGCAGGAGGAGCUUGAAGAUGAGGAGAUGGGAGCUGCUGGGGGAGUUAUUCCUGUCAAUCAUGCAGACCACAAACUGUUUCAAGGCUUUUCCUGGCUGGAACACGUAGGCCAUGAUUACACCUUCAUCAACUCGCCUUUGUCCUCCUCAUCUUCUCCAGCUCGGAGCAGGAAGCUUUCAGCACAGACUAAAACUGCUGGGAGGCGUCGCAGAGCCAGACCGUACCAGGCCUGCAGCUCCAGACCGCUUCCUGGAGGUAAGAUCUGGAACCGAGAUGAGCAGCGAGCGCGAGCCCUCAGGAUCCCUUUCUCCUAUGAGCUCAUCGUUAACCUGCCGGUGGACGAGUUCAACCUCCUACUGACCAGCUACCCGCUCAGCAAGGAGCAGCUGACGCUGGUCAGGGACAUACGGCGGCGCGGCAAGAACAAGGUCGCCGCUCAGAACUGCAGACAGAGGAAACAAGACGUGCUGCUCACAUUAGAGGAAGACCUGAGGGCCCUGAGACGCCACCAUUCACAGCUGCUCCAGGAAAACCAGAACAGACUCAGCCUUCUGCAGGAUGUGAAGAAUAGAUAUGGACUGCUGUACCAGGAGAUCUUCACCAAGCUGAUGGAUGCCGAGGGGAGACCACUGAACGCCAAGGAAUACAUGCUUCAAUUUGGACCUGAUGAUACAGUCACGGUGGCUCCACUGAGGGGAAACAGAAACAGCAAAAAACACAGAGAUGUGAAGAAGAGGAGGAGCUGAAUAUUCCUGUAGAAGGAUGGACUUUAGAUAAGGACCUGUCAGAGAAACAGGAAGCUGACCAAUGACUCUAUAAAGCCUCUGCACAAAAACCACGUUAACCAGGGUCCCAACACAUGUAAAUAUUAUACUUAACCAGAGUCAGUCUGUUCUGCUCUACUUUAGGUCAAAGGAUGCAAAACAUAAGUAAUCAUUUUACUGAAAAAAACAGAAACAAAUAAUGCUGGUGAAGCUUUUUAUUCAUCCAGGUCAGUCAUUCCAAAAAGUUAAAAGACGAUCCACUGGACUGUGUUUCUAACUCUGAAGACUUUUCAGAGGAGCAGAAAGCUGCUGCCUGCAUCCUCACUAGAACUAAGAAAGUAGACCAGUAGCUGAUCCAGAUGGCUGGUUAGAGAGGGGCGUGAGCGGCUUGGGAGCUCGAACUGGGUCUAAAUUUGGGAGAGGACUGGUGGAAUAAUGCUCUUAAGAAAAUUCACACAAGUUCAAUCUGUGCUAGACUUUCUCUCACACAAUUUAAAGUUCUCUUUAGGGUUCAUUUCUCCAAAACUCGUCUGUAUAAAUUCUUUCCCUUUGUCUCUGACAAUUGUGACAAAUGUCAUGCACCUUCCUGCAAUUUAACCCAUAUGUUUUAUUCCUGUCCAUCACUCCACAGUUUUUGGCUAACCUACUUUGAUACAAUGUCAAAAAUACUCUCAGUAGUCAUCAAACCUUCUCCCCAUGUUGCUAUAUUUGGGCUUCCAGAUGACUACAAACAGUUUACUUCUAACCAGUUGGAUGUUUUAGCAUUUACUUCUUUACUGGCAAGACGGCGUCUUCUUUUUCAUUGGAAGUUAACAGUUCCACCUUGUAACGGCUAGUGGCUUAAAGACACCAUGUCUUUUCUAAAAUUGGAAAAGAUAAGAUACUCAUUGAAAUUCUGCUAAAUUCUAUAUCUUAUGGGGCCCUAUCAUGAGAUUCUUUCAUUCUCUUCAGUCCCCUUUCCUAGAUUAGAUUAGGUGAUGCACCCUACCCUACACCCACCCUUAAUUUUAAUUUUGUUUAUUUACUUAUUUUUAUUUUAUUUAUUUAUCAUUUUACUUUAUUUUAUUU